AUGCCAGCCCUCGCCCGUCCAGUUGCCCUCCUCGACAAGUACAACGAUACUCCAAUAUCAAAUUCACUGAGACGCCUUUCAAUCAGUAACGCUUCUAGAACUGGUCUUCCAAUUUCACCUCAAACUUCUUCGACAAGAGCUACAUCAUAUGGGGGUCAUUCAAAUCUCUAUCCAUCACCAAGUGGUAGAAGCCCCGUGCUUCCAAGCCCCUUACGCCGAAGUUCCAGUACUGCUAGUUUCGACCAACGUCGCUCAUCUACUUCACAUCUCUCUCGGAAACCGUCUUUAAAUUCGCUUAACGGUGGAGGUUUAACUCCAAACAAAAAUUCAAUAAACAGAAGAUCAUCGACACAAUUUGCACACAGGUCACCAUCUGUCAUGGGUACUAAAUCACUCCUCUCCCAAAGGGAGGAAGAAAUGCGUGAACCCUCACCGCGGCAUACUGCAGCAUCCAUCGCAAGCUCGCAUUUCAAGUCGGAAUUGGAUUUACAAGAUAAGAAUGAUGGCUCAAGAUCUGCAGAGACAAUUGUUAUACUUCACGACUCCGUUUAUGGACAUCGCUUCUCCCGGCCCAAAACUUCAAGAACCGGUUUGAGUACAAUUGUCGAAAGACCUGAGAGAAUUCAUGCUAGCAUACUUGGAUUGUCUGUAGCAUAUGUACGACUGGGCGAAAGACAUUCCGAGGGUCGCUAUCCUCUUCGUCCUGGCAUGGAAGCUUCUGCGGUACCUAGUACACCCUUUCGCAUACGCAAAACUACUCGUCGAAUGUCUUUAUCCUCGCAAGCGAUCACAAAUGUACAUGGAGUAAAGUGGAUGGAGGAGUUGAAGAUUAUGUGUGAUAAUGCAGAAGCCAAGCUCGCUAUGAGCGGAAAAGAAUUGGCUAGACCUGAGAUGAAUCGAGGUCCCAAUGAAGCACCUCCUUCAAAGUUUCACGAGGGUGAUCUCUAUCUGUGUGCGGAGUCUUUGGACGCUAUGGAGGGUGCGCUGGGUGCUGUAUGUGAGGGUGUUGAUGCUGUUUUUGAAGGCUCUUCUACGGGAUUCGGACCACGCCGAAGUUUUAUUGCGAUAAGACCUCCUGGACAUCAUUGUUCAGCUAGUUAUCCUUCGGGAUUCUGUUGGUUGAAUAAUGUUCAUGUUGAUGGAUCUCAAGCAAUCGCUUGGGAACAUAAUGCUCGUGCUAAUGGAUUGGCUAAGAAUGCAUUACCGUGGAAGAAGACUUCGAUUGGAUAUUUCAGUCUCCAUGAUAUUAAUUCAUACCCAUGUGAGAUGGGUGACGAGGAGAAAGUCAAGAAUGCUAGUCUUUGUAUUGAAAAUGCACAUGGUCAAAAUAUUUGGAAUGUUCACCUACAACCAUGGAAAACUGAAGAAGGAUUUUGGGAACUAUAUGAAUCAAAGUAUUCAGUACUACUUGAGAAGACACGAAAUUUUUUACGCACACAAUACGAGCGGCUUCAAUCAUCACCUAACGGACCCAAGCCAAAAGCUGCAAUUUUCAUAUCGGCUGGUUUCGAUGCCAGUGAGUGGGAGAGUUCUGGCAUGCAACGUCAUAAGGUCAACGUUCCAACCGAGUUUUAUGCUCGUCUAACCCGAGAUGUUGUAAAACUUGCAGCUGAGGAAGGUACAGGGGUAGACGGAAGGAUUAUUAGUGUUCUUGAGGGUGGUUACAGUGAUCGUGCUUUGUGUACCGGGGUUUUGAGUCAUCUUAGUGGUUUGUCAGGAAGUGAUCCUGUAGCUCACACCGAAAAAUCAUUCACAGGUCUAAACUUUGAAAUGGGACAGAGACUUGGUGUAGAUCCAUUGAGCCCUGGGCCGCCAUCUCCUUAUGGUUUCAUGCCAUAUGAUCCAUUAUGGUGGUCUCAAGGUCGAUUGGAACAACUUGAUGCUGCUAUGAAUAGUGCACCAGUCGCCGAGGAGCCGAAAACUCAAAAAGCUGCAGGACCUCAAGGAAAUUUUGCAUCUCCUACACAAUCCUUCAUUGCUAAAGUCGUCAAUACUCCUACGGCACAACGAAGUGUAUCAACGAUGGGUAUGAGAAAUGGAGUGCCAGUUCCAAGAUCUUCACCUCCUAGGCCACCUACUCCUCCACCACCCGAUGUUCAUUGGACAGUUGCAGCUCAUGAAUUGAGUAAAUUGCUUAUUCCAACUGAUAGACAGACAAAGAGUUGUCAAUGGGAAGAUCUUGCUGCCGAAGCUACAAAAGCAAGAAAAGAACGUCAAUCAUUAGCAAACCCCGAAGCCGCCCAACAACCUGCUAAUCCGGAACCUGCUAAUGCCAGAAUGUCUUUACGAACAAGAAAACCUCCACCAAAAUUGCUUGAUAGCAUCGAAAAGGAUGAGGUCAAAAAGCCUGCUGCAAAAUCAAACCGUCGAAGAACCGUUCCUAGCACCGCCGCUUCACCUGUGCACAAAGCUACCCCUGCUCCAAGCGCAAGUCAAGCAUCUGAUACGAAUUCUAGUCAGUCAACACAAAAGUCUGCUCGGAGACUUAGUGCCGCAUCUAUAUCCACUACUAGGGCAAUGCCUCCUCCUUCUCGACCGGUACCUGCUGCUAAUAGAGCGCCAUCACUUCCUCAAAGACCGAGUAGUUCUAUGAGUGUACGACCGGGGUCCGCUAUGAGUUCUCGUGGACCUCCUCCACCCUCUGUCGUUGUAAAGAAAACAAGAGCACCUGCCAAACCUCGAACUGAUGCUUCAAAACCAGGUCCAGGUCGACCCCGCAAGAAGUCUCCUCCAGUGACUGGCUCCGAUAGUAAUAUGAAGAAUACCAUUGAAGCUGUUCCAACUGCGGAAAAUAGUAACCAGUCUUCUGACGUUGAUAGUCUAACUUCUGGUAUGAAGAAAAUCAAGAUUAGUCUUCUGACUAAAGCACAGAAAGAGGCCAAGGAAGAAGAAAAGCAUAGGGUGAAAAUUGAAUCGAGUCAGGAAGAUGGGCAAGCAUACUCGAAUAUGUCAAACGAAACACCGCCUACAACAGCCAAUUCAGAGACGACCUACAAUCAAUCUGCAACUUCUACACCAAUAAUGAGUAUUUCACCUGGACCUUCAACCCUGCAACUAUUUCUUCCUCCACGUGAUUCUGCUCAAUUGGAAGAGCCUGAACAAGUUCCCUUACCGACUAGUUCACCUAUCGGUCCUCCCAUGGAACAAUAUGAGUCUGGAAAUGUUUCGGAUCAUUCAUCAAAUUACAGCGCGGACGGAUUUGUGCCCUUUCAACCACAAGGCCCGAUUCCCAGCACGAUAGCACAACAAGAACCACUUCGAUGGUUACCACCGAAUACAAACACACCAGCCGCAGUGAAGAAAUAUGAUCUUCCAGUAUUUACAUCUACCUCCGCCAUACCUUUUGCUUCGAUUUCCGACGUUGACAAUCAAAACGAACCUUCAAAUUCACACGCCGAACAAGAUUCAUCCCCAUCUGAAUCUACACAGUUAGCUUCCUCGAUCUGGGAUAUUCCUGUUACACAACGGGAUCAAUAG